AUGGCCGUAUUUCUGUCAAAUGGGGAGGCAUCACACCUUCGCACAGAGGGGCGUCGCAGUGGCCGCUCACGUGCAGAUGGCCAUCAUCAUCUGCAAAUCGCCAGUGAUCCGCCCGUCAGAAGUGCUGUAGACGCUCUGGAUUGUGUCUCAGGAGAGUCUGAGAAGGCCCUUAAAAGGAAUACACGGAUGAAUUCUGAAACAGGAAAUGUCGAGAUGAUGGAUGCAAACGCGCUUGUGACCGGGGAAGCACGAGAGCUUCGAGAUGAGGCGACGCUCCAUGAGCAGCGUGCACAAGAACUUGAAGGCAUCAAGAGAGCGCAAAAGAGUCGGCACAUUUCAAACAUGAAAGACAUCCAAGCGAGCAAAGCAGUGCGACUUCAACAACAGAGCAGCAGACACAAGUCUCGUGAUGAGGUUUCGGCGUUGAUACAAUAUCCUCUCUUGGGCUUUACCUUGCCCUCGUCAAUCAACCCUAUUGAAUAUUUAGCGAGAUACAGCACAACGACUGCUGCGUCUCCCAGUGCUGCCUCUAAAGCUGGACCAGUUGGAGCUCUGGCUUCGGGCAGCGACCGGGGGAAAGCUGCAGGAGGGAACAAUCGUCAGCUGCUACGAGACCGCAUUGAAAUUUUUGGCGAUGAAGCCGCUCUCGAGGAAGUGGAGAAAAAGAAAAAAAAGACGAAAGCAGCAAAAAAAAAACAUUCCAAGGGAUCCAGCCACGAACAGUGCAAAGGCGAAUGCGGUGUCGAGGAAAAGCUGGAAGACCAAAAAGCAGAGCAGCAAGUGGAGGAGGAGGAGACUAGUGGUCCAGUUAAGGCUCUUCACGAUGUUGAACGUGCAAUAGCCUCUCCGUUCAGCGGCGAUGAUGCAACGGCAGUCUUUAGCGACUCCUCUGAAGACGUGGAUAUUUCAGGGGACAACUUUGAGGGUAUCAUGGAAGACCCAGAUGAAGAUGGAGAAGCCUCAUCUAAUGAAGCCUUUUCCUCUACUAAAGCACAAAACGACGAUGACGAGGACGGAGAGGAGGGAUCUUCCGGCUCCGCCGGAUUCAGCAGCAAGAACCAUGCACCUGCAAAAGCUGUCAAGGAGAAAAUGGGUAACUCUGAGGAGGGGGAGGACGAAGGCGGCGAAAAUCAACAGGAAGAGGAAGAAGCAGCACGGAAGAAGGCGGCGUCACACCACAAGGAGAAGGAGGCAGAACAAGCCAAAGACCUGCAGCAGCAUCAGGGAAUGCACCAACAGCAGUCCUUUUAUCACGUCAAGCCACUCCGCGGACAAACACGCACGCGGCUCUCCGACCCGUAUCACAGUAGCGACAUCCAUGCAGCAAUUGAGACGGCUCGGUUGCGUUUCGCUGCAGCAAGGAAGGCAGCAGCAUCUACUAGCUCGGCCGACGAGGAGGACUUCGAAGAAGAGCCGGGCACGUCUGAGUCAACCGAUGAGGAAGAACAGCAGACCUCGGACCUUGCAAGGUCCCGAAAUACUAGAGAAAGGAGGAGUCGGCAAGAGGCACUUGCCACAGAGGAACUAGAGGCCGAAGAAGAAAUCUUGGCAGCAGAGAAAGAAGCAGCACGAACACAAGCCUCACUUGAGGACGAGCACAAACUCCUCGAAGCCGCUGAAGAGGUGCAGCAGGCACAAACUGGACUCAAAGCAUGUGCACAAGGGUCUUUCCUCAGCUGUCGGCAAGCUCAAAGACGACGCCCUCAGCGAGAACCUGAUGGAAGGGGUACUUCCCCAUAA